GCCUUCGCCCGUCCCCAUGGUGACGGGAUUGUAUAUAGGCAGCCGCGUUAUACUAUGUGCUACAGGUUCUCUUACAUCGACCUCCUAAGAGUCGCGCUGUAAGAAAGUACCCGCCUCUCUCCGGUUCGAGUGCCCGAAGCUCGGCGACAAAGCAGCAACUAUGCGUGAGUGUAUCUCCAUCCACGUUGGCCAGGCUGGUGUCCAGAUUGGCAAUGCCUGCUGGGAGCUCUACUGCCUUGAACAUGGUAUCCAGCCAGACGGGCAGAUGCCCAGUGACAAGACCAUUGGGGGAGGAGAUGACUCUUUCAACACCUUCUUCAGUGAGACCGGAGCUGGCAAGCAUGUCCCCAGGGCUGUGUUUGUGGAUUUGGAGCCAACUGUGAUUGAUGAAGUGCGCACUGGAACCUACCGCCAGCUCUUCCACCCUGAGCAACUGAUCACUGGCAAAGAAGAUGCUGCUAAUAACUAUGCCAGGGGGCAUUACACCAUUGGCAAAGAGAUCAUUGACUUGGUCCUUGACAGGAUACGCAAAUUGGCUGACCAAUGCACAGGACUCCAGGGUUUUUUGGUCUUCCACAGCUUUGGUGGUGGAACCGGCUCUGGUUUUACUUCCUUGCUGAUGGAGCGCCUGUCUGUUGACUAUGGCAAGAAGUCCAAGCUGGAGUUCUCCAUCUACCCAGCUCCCCAAGUGUCCACAGCUGUCGUUGAGCCCUACAAUUCCAUCCUCACCACCCACACCACCCUGGAGCACUCCGACUGUGCCUUCAUGGUAGACAAUGAAGCCAUCUAUGACAUUUGCCGACGGAACCUUGACAUCGAGCGCCCCACCUACACCAAUUUGAACAGGUUGAUAGGCCAGAUCGUGUCCUCCAUCACUGCUUCUCUGCGAUUUGAUGGUGCCCUGAAUGUAGAUCUGACGGAAUUCCAGACCAACCUGGUGCCCUAUCCCCGAAUCCACUUCCCUCUGGCUACCUAUGCCCCAGUCAUCUCUGCUGAAAAAGCCUACCAUGAACAGCUUUCUGUAGCAGAGAUCACUAAUGCUUGCUUUGAGCCAGCUAAUCAGAUGGUGAAAUGUGACCCUCGUCACGGUAAAUACAUGGCCUGCUGCCUGUUGUACCGUGGGGAUGUUGUUCCCAAAGAUGUCAAUGCUGCUAUUGCCACCAUCAAGACCAAACGCAGCAUCCAGUUCGUGGACUGGUGCCCCACUGGUUUCAAGGUUGGUAUCAACUACCAACCCCCCACCGUAGUCCCCGGAGGCGACCUGGCCAAGGUGCAGCGUGCCGUCUGCAUGCUGAGCAACACCACAGCCAUUGCUGAGGCCUGGGCCCGCCUGGACCAUAAGUUUGACCUGAUGUAUGCCAAGCGUGCCUUUGUCCACUGGUACGUUGGGGAAGGGAUGGAGGAAGGAGAAUUCUCAGAGGCUCGGGAGGAUAUGGCUGCUCUGGAGAAGGAUUAUGAAGAAGUGGGUGUGGAUUCUGUUGAAGGAGAGGGUGAAGAGGAAGGAGAAUUCUCAGAGGCUCGGGAGGAUAUGGCUGCUCUGGAGAAGGAUUAUGAAGAAGUGGGUGUGGAUUCUAUUGAAGGAGAGGGUGAAGAGGAAGGUGAGGAAUAUUAGACCUGCUCCACUACAUCUCUGCUGCAUGGCUCAUCUCCAUGAUUUUUCACUUAAUACACUUAGCUUACUAGUUAUCUGGGGCAGUGAUACUACAAAGGAGUGGAGCAGACACUAGGAUGUCUUGCCAUUCCACCACGUGAUCAUGUCAGUUUUCCAUGUCUUUGUAAAUGUAUCAUCAUGUCUGUGAAAUAAAAAGCUAUAAAAACA